AUGUUGAAGUGGGUCCAAUCAGGUCUUUCCGCAGUCGCAGGCACCGCCGAGCCCGAGUACGGCAGAGAAGCCAUCCACACUAUCACCGAUACCAUCAAUAACGGCGAACCGGUCUCCAGAGACACCACCAUCGCCGACUUCAACUGGCAAAAGCCUUCCUUCACCAACGUGGAGACCCAAACGUUUUACUUCACCGACCUCAAGUCCGGAUGGGUCGGUUUUGCCCAGGUCAUCCACUCCAACGUGAUGGGAGUGCACACCACCGCCCAGUUCACCUUCAGAUUGUUCCAUGCUGAGGACGAGGGCCAUCCAGAAAAUAUCUGGACUUCCACCAAAUUAGAUAACUUUAGAACUGAGGGUUCCAACUUUUACGCCGACAACUUAUCAUUUGAAUUGAACAAGGACAACAACCAAUACGUGUUGAAAUCCAGCGUCACUCCCGAGUCCGUGGUCGAGUUGACGGUUAGCAGAUUGGCUCCAGGGGUCAUUUUUGGUAAAGAUGGUUUCACCUUGUACGGUGACGACGUCAAGGAACCAUGGGGCUCCAUGAGACACUUGUUCUGGCCAAGAUGUGAAGUUAAGGGUACUGUCACCACCCCUGCCAAGACCUUUGACAUCAACGGUUACACCAUGUUUGUCAUGGCUUUGCAAGGUAUGAAACCUCACCAUGCUGCCAAGUCCUGGAACUUCCUCAACUUCCAAUCGGAGAGCUACGCUGCUGUCCAAAUGGAAUUCACUACUCCAAAAUCAUACGGCACUACCAAGGUCAACAUUGGUAUUGUUGCAUCCAACGAAAAGAUUUUGUUUACCACCAUCAACAACGUUGUGGUCCACAAGGACUCCACCGUAGAUGAAGUUGGCUGGCCUGUUCCAAAGUCCAUUGAAUUCAACUACAUCAAAGACAAGAAAGAUGAAGUUCCAAGUCCUUCUGAUAAGGUAAUUGCCACCGUUUCUGGUGACUUGAAGACUUUGAUCGAAAGGGUUGAUGUGAUGGCCGAAAUCCCCCAAUUUGUCAAGAACAUUGUCAGUGGUGUAGCUGGCGCUAAGCCAUAUAUUUACCAAUACUGCAACAGAUUCGAAAUCGAAUUUAAGGAAGAGUCCAAGAAAGAAUCAGGCUUAGGAUUCAAUGAAGUGACUUUCAUUUCAGAGUAA